AUGAGAUUCCGUCUGUCUCACCGGGGAGGCAAAUUCGUCACCAGCAUCACCUUCUACGAUCCGCCGAUAGCCAGUCCCGACGCCGCAAGAGACAAAUUCUCCGUGGACCUGCACGCCCUCCUAGCGACUGUGUCGAAGUCGGAUAAGUUGAUUGUCCUUGGUGACUUUAAAGCCCGCGUUGGCAUAGACCAUGCUGCCUGGAGAGGAGCUCUGGGUCGCCAUAACCUCGACAGCUCCAAUGGCAAUGGCCUGCUCCUUCUACGAACCUGA